GAUGCAGUGCGAGUGUACGUGAACAGCAGCUCUGAGAACCUCCAAUAUCCCGUCCUGUUUGUAGUUCGCCAACAGAAGGGAGUGCUGUCGUGGCAGGUCCCACUAAUUUUUCGAGGCCUCUAUCAGAGGACCUACAAUUACCAAGAAGUGAGUCGGACCCUCUGUCCCUCUGAGCCAACACAUGAGACAGGACCUUCUGACCAGAUUAUAUUUGUGGACGUCGCUUCCAUGGCACCAUUUAAUAUUGCAUAUGAGCUGCUAGUCACCAGGCUCAAGAGCUUCCAACUUGAGACCAACAAAGCCUUUAACUUCACUGCCAGCCCUUCCCAGCCCCAGUAUUUUUUGUACAAGUUUCCUCAGGAUGUCGAUUCAGUCAUAAUUAAAGUGGUGUCUGAUGCAGUCUACCCAUGCUCGGUUGUCUCCGUCCAGGAUAUUGUGUGCCCAGUGUAUGACCUGGAUCAUAAUGUGGAGUUCAACGGUGUUUACCAGUCUAUGACAAAGCAGGCAGCUAUCACUGUGCAGAGAAAAGACUUCCCAGGUGAGCAGUUCUUUGUUGUGUUCGUCAUCAAGCCAGAGGAUUACGCCUGUGGGGGUUCUGUGCCUUCUUCUAUUCAUGGGAAUGUCAACCGUACCUGGAAUCUGCAGCGGACGAAGAACCUUCAAGUGACGAUUGUGCCCUCUAUUAAAAAGUCUGUUUAUGUCCAGGCCAUGUUCUUCAGCUUCCUGAGUUUCCUCUCCUUCUACCUGGGCUCAGUGGUGGUUGCUUUCGUGCACUAUAUCAGGGUUCAGAGGAAGGCUUUGGCUGGGAGAUUGAGUCCUGAGUAUGGAUCUGGGAUUAUGACAUCUUCACACCCCAUCACAACCAGCACCCCUGAGGGAAGCAGCUAUGGUGCUAUUGAUGAAUCAAGCUCCAGCGGUGGACGGCCGUUGUCUUCCCCUGAGCGUGGGCUGCCACCUGGUUCUGACACAGACAGCUCUGUGGAGGAGGAGAGCGACUUUGACACCAUGCCAGAAAUUGAAAGUGAUAAGAAUGUCAUCCGUACUAAGGUGUUCCUCUAUCUAUCAGACUUGUCCAGGAAGGAUCGAAGGAUUGUCAGCAAAAAAUACAAAAUCUAUUUCUGGAACAUCAUCACCAUUGCAGUGUUUUAUGCCCUGCCGGUCAUCCAGCUCGUCAUCACUUACCAGACGGUAGUGAAUGUGACAGGUAAUCAGGACAUCUGCUACUACAACUUUCUGUGUGCCCAUCCCCUUGGGGUGCUGAGUGCCUUCAACAACAUCCUCAGCAAUGUGGGCCACAUGCUGCUGGGCUUUCUUUUCCUCCUUAUUGUGUUGCGCAGGGACAUUCUCCACCGUCGGGCCAUGGAAAUGAAAGAUGUCUACACCCUGGACUAUGGCAUCCCGAAGCAUUUUGGUCUCUUUUACGCAAUGGGCAUCGCCCUGAUGAUGGAAGGGGUGCUCAGUGCCUGUUACCACGUCUGCCCUAAUUACUCCAAUUUCCAGUUUGACACCUCCUUCAUGUACAUGAUUGCGGGACUGUGCAUGCUCAAGCUCUACCAGACCCGCCACCCUGACAUCAAUGCCAGCGCCUACUCUGCCUAUGCCUCGUUUGCUGUAGUCAUCUGUCUGGCCGUCCUUGGAGUGGUUUUUGGGAAAAAUGACGUGUGGUUUUGGGUUCUUUUCUCAAUGAUCCAUGUUUUGGCCUCACUGGCUCUCAGCACCCAGAUCUACUACAUGGGCCGCUUCAAGAUGG